CUGCAAUCAAGGAAAAUGACCGAUAAAGAGAAAUCCUUGAUUAAUAGCAAGGACAACGUGGAUCGAGAAGACAAUGUUAUAAUUCCUAACAUUGUCGUCUCUAGUUAUUUAGAAUCUGGGGAAAAUUUAACCGAUGGAAGUGGAAAUGUAUCAACAGAAAAGGACAAUGUUACUGAGACUAGUGAUUUAAAAACAUCCAAAUCUGUUCUCCACGACAAAUCAGAAUUAAAGAGGGUGAAGCUCAGCAGGGCCAAUAGAGCGAAAAAGGAAUCAAAGUCGAAAUCGUCGGUACAGAGUUGGCAGAAAACGUUCGUUAAGAAACAAAGCGAGAGACAAAUAAAGAAAGACAAAGUGUUAAGUCGUCUCAUUAAAACCUCCGUGGAAGCAAACAAUUCACCAAAAAAGUCAGCAAUCCCAAAGAAAACACCUAAUUUGGAAUCCAAGACCAAAACACCUAAUUUGGAAACCAAGACCAAAACACCGAAUUUGGAAACCAAGACAAAAACAAAUAGCCAGGCGUCGCAAAAACCAAGUGAAGCAGUUCCUCACAGGAUAAAGGCAGAUAUUAAUGAUGUGAAAAAAGAACAUGUGGAAAGUGAGAAAGACGGUAAAAUAAAGAAAACUGAAAAAAGUAAGGAAGAAUCUCCAAAACAAAUAAAGGGAGUUCAAGAUAAACCUGAUGAAAAUCGGGAAAAGGAUGUGAAACUGAAAAAAGAUGGUGAUAAAAAAGAAAAAGAAGACCCCAUUAAAGCUAAACUAGCUGAAAUUUUAAAGAAACAAAAAGAAAAAAUGGAGUUUAGAAAUGCACCAAGAAAGAGGCAUCUUAAAGUGCCCCAGGGGAAAGUAAUAAGCAAAAAAAGCACCGAGACAACCAUGGAAACAAAAAGGAUUCAAAAGAAUGAGGAUUCUACAGAAAUCAGAGAGGAGCAUGUGUCGUCACACGACUCUUUCAAAAAACGCCAGCAGUAUGGCGAUGAUUUGAGAAAACGAAUCCGAAAGAAAUCAAACCUUGACGAAAGUAACACACGCGUGGUAUUUAAUCAGACUUUUGGAAGAAGAAAAGAAAGUGUAAACAACAUUCAAACUCUUGUCAAAGAAGAGAAAAAAGCAAAGCGGCAAGUGUCCUUUUCUAGUUCGGGUUUGCCUAAAUAUUCAAGCUCCUUGGCUCACUUUGAUAAAGAUAACUCUUUUGCUCGUUUCCAUGAAUCUUCAAAUAUGAGUUCUAUGAAAUCAGGGAAAGUUGGAGAAAAGUUAUCAGCCGUUGUAAAACCAAUGCCUUCGAGGAAUGCUACCACUAGUCAAUCUGCUGGUAUGGAGAAUCAAAGACACCGUGUGAUUCGAAGUCCAACUUUCACAAAAGAAGCACCGGAGGUUUUGCAGUUUAACAGAAAUCGGCAUACCGGUAUUCAACGUCAUUUAGGAAAAGAUGAUUACAGACAAAAUGCAAGACUUCUUGAUUCCAAAUUGAAAUACAAACCACAUAUUUAUAGGCGAUCCCUUACAAAUGAAUCAGUGCAUUUGUACACAGAAGUUAACGUCCCUGUUAAAAGAGAGUAUCAGAGAAACUUUGAUUCAUUUGUGCUUUUGGACAAGAAUUUUGAAGAUGCUGAAAACACUGGAGAAAAUUCGACGCCCGAACAAACAAUUUAUAAAACUCAGCGUCGCUGGACUCAAAAUACAAUAGAAACAAAAUCUGUGCCUGAAAUAUCUAGUCGCAAAUCUAGUCGCAAACUCUCACUUAAAAGUGAGACCAAUUCAAAAUAUUCGACAACUCCGAUGUUGGAGAUUGUGUUUCAACCGGACAAGGGAGAUGUUUACGUGUCGGAAUCCAAAGAACAUACAAAGGUGUACAUCAAGUCGGGAAAAGUUUCAGCUUUUCUACAUCGGAGUCCUUCGGCACCCACUGACGUCCCUAGCGGGGAAAAGGAUAUAGUGCGAAGGAGCAAGAGUGAAAUUCCCGUCUAUAGUGACGAUGAAUACGAGGUGUAUCCGGCUCAGCGCCCCCAUACGGAUACAUACAGGGAGUAUCCACCAUUUGUGAUGGGGAGGUAUGAACAGUCGAACAUGAAUUCCGAAAUCAACGACAAAGCCGUGGUUCAUAGGACGACAGAUAGAAGGGGGAAGAGAGUGUCAUUCUUCAGAAACGGCGAUAAAGAUUUCAAAGGAGUGAACGUGUGCAUAAAUCCCAAACAGUUCCUCAAUUUCGAGGCACUCCUGGUGUAUUUGAACGACCGAAUCGAGACUUCUUCGGGCGUUCGGUACGUAUUCUCGCUACCCGACGGGAAAGAAAUCAAAAGUGUGACGGCGUUUCAACAAGGACGUUCUUAUUUGGUGUCUUCUGUGAAGAAACCGGCACUCGAUGUUCCUUACGGCCAAUCUAGGGAGAAUUUCUGGAACAAUAAAAAACCCUCGGCGGGACGUGUUCGAAAAGAAGAGCUAGAACUGUUCAAACGGACAGAGUCACCGAAAAACAACCCCAAAAACAAACCCAGAGUGAUAACAGUCAUAAACAAUGAAUAUAGGGAUCGCAGGGAAAAGUUCUACAUCAAUCCAAGCACGAGGCAUAAUUUUGAGGAUCUGUUGCUUACAAUGGGAGACAUGACCAAUAUCGACAUACAUGCUUUAUUUACUGAGAAACAACCGCACAGAAAAGUUGAAAGUUUUAGCCAGUUGUUCAACGAGUUUAAAAAUCAGGACAAUUUCAUUGCUUGUGGACCGGAACUUGUACCUCUUAAGCCGGAAAAUGUCAAGCGGCCAGCUCCCAGUAGCAAUUCUGGAAGUGAUUCGAUGAGUGUGGCGAGCAGGAUGAAAAAAUUCCAUAAAACGAACGACGGAGAUCUUGAUGAGAUCAACGAGUACGAGAUGCAACGCUCCCCGUCCCCCCAGGAACACCUUCUGAACGGGGUCCCCGUCAACGGGUACCACGAGCCCUUGUCCUCCAGGCACUACCCUGAAGACGACAGCGUCAAGUUCAAUAUUCGCGGUAAAGUCAGAGAAUAUUUCCCGCCAUCAAUCACAUACCCAGACGAUGACGGUCAGCGUCCAGACAAGAAACUGAAACUAGAAUGGAUUUACGGUUUCCAUACACGCGAAGGUUGUAAAAACCUUGUAGUUUUCAAGACGGGUGAACUUCUGUACUAUGUGGCGGCCGUGGCAGUGUUCUUUAGAAGAAUCGAGGAGAGAGGUGAAGGUCGCGACACACAGCGGCAUUACCUGGGACACACGGAGGACAUUUCUUGUCUCACGCUUCACCCAACGGAAAACUGGGUUGCCUCAGGACAGGUCUCGGGCAAAGAAAACCCUGCUCAUGUUCGCAUUUGGGACGGAGAGAAGCUGACUACGUUUCACGUAAUAGGAAUCGGUUUCUUCUCCCAGGGGGUCGCCUCCAUCGGAUUCUCUGAACAGAGCCGAGGUGGGUUUAUGUGUGUGACUGACACCAGUGACAAGCACGUGCUCAGUGUGUGGGACUGGGAGAAGGAAAGGAUGAUCGCCAAAACAACGACCACAACAAAGGCCGUUAACUGCUGUUGUUUCUACAAAUACGAUGACACGUUGCUGAUCACGUACGGGGCGGAUCACUUGUUUUUCUGGCGCCUCUUCUGGGACCCAGUGGGGGUACAAGACGGCAAGCUGUACAGGGACAAGCUGAGCGGCGUGUUCGAAGAGGAUACACAACCUGCUAUGGUUACCUCGCAUGCCUUUUCGUCCACUGGUGACGUCAUUACAGGGGAUUCUAAUGGCUCCAUUUUGGUUUGGACGAAGGAUCAAGAUUACGUUUUCAAAAUCAAUAAGGAUAUGAUUGGAGGAAUGAAAGCAGCGCAUAUGAAACCAGUCAGUACCCUGUGUAUGAUGGUAGAUAACACUCUACUCUCUGGUGGAGGGUCCUACAUCAAGUCCUGGGACAGCAUCAACAACUAUCGCAAAAUAUCAAAAAGAGAGAUUCCAGAAAUAGCUGGAAAUGUAAGAACAAUCAUUCCACAACGAGGCUCCGGGGCAGACGGACAGAUUUAUGUAGGAACGUCCAAAUCGUGUAUUCUAGCAGGGUCGCUCCCUGUUAAAUUUCGUUUUAUAGUUCAGGGCCACUGUAAGGAGAUCUGGGCUAUAGCAGCCGUGCCAGGAGAAUCCAGCUUCAUCACCACCUCUCACGACCAGUUCGUCAUUAAGUGGUCCGCCAUUACUCACCGCGUUCUGUGGCGCUCGCCGAUGGAGAAGCCGACCACGGCGCUGGCCGUAGAUAGCCGGGGUCUCUAUGUAGCCGUGGGUUCCGUGGCUGGUAGGUUCUUCGUGCUAAACGCAAAGAACGGGAUGCACAUAAUUACCGUCCAAGUCGGGAAAUCCCAAAUCAACGCCAUGAGGUAUUCUCCAGACAAUGCGAUGCUGGCGGUGGGAUGUGAAGAUGGACACAUACAUAUAUUCUACGUUCACGACGAAGGUCAGAUCUACAGGAAGAAUAACAUUAUUCUCAGGGGACACGUGAAAUUCGUUACAAAUCUUGACUGGUCUACCGACAGCCGUUUUCUGCAAAGUGUGGAUGGGGAUUUUGAACUCCAUAACUGGAAUAUACAGCGCAUGGAAAGAGAAGAUGCCAGGACCCUUCGAGAUUGUAACUGGCAGACGUAUAGCUGUUGCGCUGGCCAUCCACUGAUGGGUCCCUGGACAUCCUGUGAUGCUGGAGAGACCGUGUCUGUCGUAGCACGCUCCAAUUACCGCGAGAUCAUUAUCACGGGAGAUAACACGGGCAGAAUGAAAGUCUUCAAAUAUCCUUCCUCCACUAAUAUGCCUGCCUGUCGCUGGACCAAGCUGUACUCAGGCACAGUGACCGCCCUAGAGUUCCUGUAUGACGACAGCUUUGUGUUGUCCUCAGCGGGGAAGACCCCUGUCCUAGCUCAAUGGAGUGUGGUGGACACGUACAGUGGACAACAAAACCACUCGUAGAGGACAACAAAACAACAAACAGAGGACAAUAAAACAACACAUACAGGAUAACAACACAACAUGAAGAGGACAAAACAAGUUGUAGAAGACAACAAAACACAAAGAGGACAACAACACAACAUGUAGAGGACAACAACACAGCAAACAGAGGACAGCAUAUACAUGUAUCAACAACAGCAAUCAUCAACAAUGCACAACAAUAUUCAUAUAUGUACAUGCUGAUCAGACAAAUACUGUUAUCGUUGAUUUAGAUUGUGUAGGCUUUUAUUAAGCACCUAGAUGAUAUAGUUGGUGUUUCAAAGUACCAGUAACUAGUUCAGUCUACACUUUCAAAAUGUAUAUCAAACAGCUAUAUAUUACUAUAUAUUCAGUAAAAUUGACUAGUCUUUGAAUCCUUUAUCAUCAUGCCGUCCAUAAGGUCUAGUUGAUAGUACAUUAGUACUAAAUAUGUUUACCUCAGAUACUCAGUUUUGUGAACAUUCCUUUAUUUAUGCAUAAUACUCUGUAGAAUGUUGCAGAAAUUCAUUUUUUAUAAAGUUCAUACCGUCCACUAUCACAUUCCACUUUUGAUAUGUAUACAUAUACAUAUAGUGAACAAUUAUUAUUUUUAAAGCUUUAUUUGCUUUUUAAUAUUAGUACUCUGUGGCAUUAGAGCAAUUUGUACAUUUUUGCACAACUUUCAUUUAUACUCUUCUGUAAAUGCAGUUACAUGUACAUGUGUAUUAUUAUUAUAGUUUUGUAGUAAAAUAUAAUUCGUUGGUCAAAGAAUCAAUUUACAUGUUGUGAUAAAUAUGUUCUCAAUGGAAAGGAACUGAAUCCUUUUCCAAGCUCUGAUCAUUCUGUGAUAAUUGUUUAUAUUUAAUGUACUAUACUUUUUGUCAUUGUUCAUUUUUAUUAAAUAAUCAAAUUAA